AUGGACGAGAAUGGUACCUCAAAUAAUGCACCCAAGAACAAGUGGAAACUGCCACUCUUAGUUUUCUUCAAAGAUGCAAGACUUGUUUUCAAGAUGGAUUCCCUUGCUAAGGAGAUACUAGGGAUUGCAUUCCCCGCUGCACUUGCUGUUACUGCUGAUCCCAUUGCUUCUCUGAUAGACACAGCAUUUAUAGGCCACUUGGGGCCCGUGGUACUUGCUGCAGCAGGAGUUUCUAUUGCUUUGUUUAACCAAGCUUCAACGAUUACCAUAUUCCCUCUGGUCAGUAUUACAACUUCCUUUGUGGCUGAAGAAGACACUAUUGACAAAAUCAAUACCUCAGCAGCGGAAAAGCAGAUUGCUGAAAACGUUAUGGCCAACUCGAACGAAGUAAUACCCGAUGAUCUAGAAAAAGUUGUUUCCAAAGAGAGUACUCAGACUCCAACAGAAUCUUUGGCUGCAAGUGCUGACACAAACGAGCUCAUGGCAACAAGUUUUGUAACUCAGAAUAUGGAAAGAGAUUGUAUCUUACAAAAUGAGAUAAAUAAUGGAGAUGAUGCCGAUACAAAUAUAUGCAAGUCUGGUAGUAGUAGUAAUAAGAGAGUGUCAAUAGCAGGAAAGAAGAAGCGACACAUUGCUUCAGCAUCGACAGCACUACUUUUUGGUACAAUACUUGGCCUCCUUCAAGCUGCAACCCUUAUAUUCGCAGCCAAACCUCUAUUAGGUGCGAUGGGUCUGAAACCUGGUUCUCCUAUGCUAAUCCCUGCUGUAAAGUACUUGAGAUUGAGAUCCUUAGGUGCUCCUGCAAUGCUUCUCUCCGUUGCCAUUCAAGGAAUCUUUCGAGGGUUCAAGGACACAACAACUCCUUUAUAUGUCAUUGUUUCCGGAUAUGCAUUGAAUGUGGCUUUGGAUCCAAUACUUAUUUUUUACUGCAAAUUGGGCAUUAGAGGUGCUGCCAUUUCGCACGUGCUUUCCCAGUACACGAUGGCGUUGGCUCUCUUGGUGAUAUUAAUGAAAAAAGUGUAUCUCCUACCUCCAAGCAUUAAGGAUUUACAGAUUUUCAAGUUUCUUAAAAACGGAGGUCUUUUGUUCGCGAGAGUAGUAGCAGUGACAUUCUGUGUCACCUUAGCAGCAUCAUUGGCAGCAAAGCUAGGCUCAAUUCCUAUGGCUGCAUUUCAAACCUGCCUACAGGUCUGGAUGACAACAUCUCUUAUUGUUGAUGGUUUGGCUGUUGCAGUUCAGACUAUUCUAGCUAGUUCCUUUGCUGAGAAAGACUAUAACAAGGUGGUUGCUGCUGCAACAAGGACACUGCAUAUGGGUUUUGUUUUAGGAGUGGGGCUAUCUCUUGUUGGAGUUGGAUUGUACUUUGGAGCUGGACUCUUCUCCAAAAGUGUUCUUGUUGUGCACAUUAUCAGAAUAGGCGUCCCGUUUGUUGCAGCUACACAACCAAUCAAUUCAUUAGCCUUCGUCUUAGAUGGUGUGAACUAUGGGGCCUCUGAUUUUGCUUACUCUGCUUACUCCUUGGUGAUGGUAUCAUUAGCAACUAUUGCUUCAUUAUUCCUUCUCUACGAGAGAAAAGGUUUCAUUGGGAUAUGGAUUGGACUAAGCAUCUAUAUGAUUCUUCGCAUGAUUGCUGGUGUAUGGAGGAUGGGAACAGGAACAGGACCUUGGCAUUUUAUCAGAGGCCGCUCAUUGUCUCGAUGA